AAAUCCACCAACCAAAACCAACCCACCACCCUCAAAACCCUUUCUUCUUCGACCAAAUCCUACAUUUUUUAUUAGCUCAAUCGUUUCUUCAUCUCUUUCCAGCACUACCCUUUCUCGGUUUUCAAGUUUUCAACGGUUUCAUGGCUUCUUCCAUUACACCCAAGCCUUUCCUUGGAGCUACUAAACCCAAUUCUUCUCUUUCUUCGGAUUUUCAAAGACUCUCCAUUUCCUCUCUUCGCAUCUCAGUCAAACCCAGAACCCACAAAAAUCUUCAGAUACAGGCAGUUGGGAGCACAUUUGGAAAUUAUUUCCGUGUCACAACUUUUGGAGAAUCUCAUGGAGGUGGUGUUGGUUGUAUAGUUGAUGGAUGCCCUCCUAGGAUUCCUCUCUCAGAAGCUGAUUUGCAAGUUGAUCUUGACCGAAGGAGGCCAGGUCAGAGCCGAAUUACUACCCCAAGGAAAGAGACUGACACAUGCCGAAUAUAUUCUGGGGUUUCUGAAGGAGUGACUACUGGAACACCAAUCCAUGUAUUUGUACCAAAUACUGAUCAGAGAGGACAUGAUUACAAGGAAAUGUCAAUAGCUUAUAGGCCAUCUCAUGCAGAUGCAACUUAUGACAUGAAAUAUGGUGUCAGGGCGGUGCAGGGUGGUGGCAGAUCAUCAGCAAGAGAAACUAUCGGAAGAGUUGCCCCUGGAGCUAUUGCUAAGAAAAUUCUCAAGCAGUUUUCAAGAACUGAGGUUCUUGCCUAUGUCUCACAGGUUCACCAAGUUUUGCUUCCAGAUGGCGCAGUUGACCAUGACACUGUAACACUUGACCAGAUUGAGAGCAAUAUUGUAAGGUGCCCAAAUCCCGAAUAUGCCGAGAAAAUGAUUGCUGCUAUUGAUGCUGUACGGACAAGAGGAGAUUCUAUUGGUGGUGUUGUCACUUGCAUAGUGAGGAAUGCCCCACGUGGGCUUGGUUCACCGGUUUUUGAUAAGCUUGAAGCAGAGCUUGCUAAGGCUGUAAUGUCUUUACCUGCUACCAAGGGUUUUGAAUUUGGAAGUGGAUUUGCAGGUACUUUUCUAACCGGUAUCGAACAUAAUGAUGAGUUCUUUACUGAUGAACAUGGAAGAAUAAGAACAAGAACAAAUCGCUCUGGUGGGAUACAGGGUGGAAUAUCCAAUGGGGAAAUUAUAAAUAUGAGAGUGGCCUUCAAGCCAACAGCAACAAUUAGUAAGAAGCAGCACACGGUGAAUCGAGAGAAACAAGAGAUAGAACUACUAGCCCGUGGUCGUCAUGAUCCUUGUGUUGUCCCUCGAGCGGUUCCGAUGGUUGAAGCCAUGGUAGCCUUGGUGCUUGUGGACCAACUAAUGGCACAACAUGCACAAUGUAACCUUUUCCCCAUUAACCCGGAGUUACAAGAACCGUUGAGCUUGAAUUUCCCGAACUUAAAACCGGCUAAUCUAUAGAAUGGUUAUGGAACCAGUAACACCCCCUUGCUUUCACCAACUCUUGAGUUUUCUUUCUUGAAUACCAAGUGUUAAAUACUCCAUUUUGCAUGAGAAUGUAGUAGUUUUAAGGUUUUUUACGAAAAUCCCAGAUGUGCAUUGCUUGCCGUACUU